AUGGACUCCAGCCUCGCGGAGGACCUGAUGACUCUCGGAGUGGUCUCGGGCAACCAGUACCUGCCCGGCAUCGCGGCGGCUUGCGCACUUGCGGUGCCGUGCUACCACACGCAGGCCGAGGACGCCUCCGGGAGUUUCCUGAUGGUGUAUUCCACGUCCGAGAGCUGCGAGGCGCGCCUGCUCCACGUGGCCCUGAGGGCGCCAGUCCUGGCGCUGGUGAUCGCCGUUGGGCCCGUUCUGUGGGCGCGGCUUCUCCAGCGCCGUCGAGGAGAGGGGCAGGACCAGUUCCUGCGAUUCCUCACGGCCUCCUAUCUCAGUGUCAGGGGUGGGAGGCCAAUCGCCUCGCGAAGAACAUUAUCCUCAAGAGUGCUGUGGCUGUGGCGCCAGUCUCGUACUGCCCGGGGCUGCAGUUGA